UAUGUACCAAUUUUCCAUCAGGUUUGUUCAGCCGCGGCAUCGCAUUCAGUGGUUCGGCUUUCACGAAAUGGGCUCACCAGCACAAUCCUGCUGAAAAGGCUAAGGCAUUAGCCGCUGCUGUCGGGUGCCCGACAGAGAAUAAUAAAGAUAUGGUCUACUGUAUGAGGAAUCGCAACGCGGACAUGCUUGUCGCUGCCCAGGCUGAUUUGAUAGAGUGGAAAGCGCACAUGUUCACUCCGUUCACACCCACCAUUGAAGCGCCGCAAGUGAAAGAACCUUUCCUGACCAAGUACCCGUACCACGCUGCACAGGCUGGAUCCAUGUAUAAUGCGCCUCUUAUUGUCUCUGUCACGUCGGAAGACGGAUUAUACCCUGCUGCUUCGUAUCAAACGGAUCCCACGCUUCUGAAAGAGCUGGAGGAUCGCUGGGAGCACUUGUCCAGCUACAUGUUCGAAUACAUGGACACCUUGCCGCUGGAGCGCCGGUCUGUGGUAGCCACAAAAAUCAAACAGAAGUACUUGGCAGACAAACCUGUUGGACAAGAAACUUUCCCGCAACUUGUUCAGGCCCUUGGUGACCGUCUGUUCGUAGUGGACGCAGGCAAAAUGGCUCAAGUUCAUGCGAUGAAAUCCGGACAGCCGGUGUACGUCUAUCGGUACUCAUAUCGUGGCAACUUCAGCCUUAGUGACCGAUUGUCAUUCAACAAAGACAAUUACGGUGUAGGUCACGGUGACGAUGUGCUCCAUAUCUUCAAAUAUCAAGGGAUAACCGCCAACUCUAUCCAGGAUAAGCAGAUGACUGAAGCCCUUCUUGCUAUAAUCUACAGCUUCGCGUGCACUGGAAGACCAAAACUAGGCGACGAUGGAGAAUGGUUGGCAAUUGCGCCUGGGUCAUCAGAGAUCAGCUACUUGGAGGUUUUAUCUCCCAACAAUACGUCAAUGAAAACUAGCUCCGACUUCGGUCUGCGCUCCUUCUGGGAUAGCCUGGAUUUAAUUGAGAAUGAGAAAUAUCCGGACCAUAUUAGGGACGAGUUGUGACGAUACUAACCUCUUUCAUCAUCAUUCCACCUUUUUAUCACCCUCUUUACUGGUGCCUGGUCACUUCCUUUUAAAAUUUUGAAUCGUUCUCGAAUUCCCGUUACCUGCACUAUUCCUACGUUGGUGGUGGUUCCAUUGUCAUUACCAUCAAAAUUUUCAAAACAAGAGGACGUACCUAUAAAUCAUCACCUUCCUCAUUUAUCAUUUACUAUGGAAUUAUAUGACAUAGAUAUAUAGGCCCUUUUGGGUUGAAUAUUGUAUCUAAUCUGUGUGGGGAGUGUUUUAUAUUAAUUGUACUUUUUUAUAUCAUUUUACUUGUUACCCUUUUAUUUCGUCUUUUUAAAAUAAAUUCUGUGGAGCGAGCCUUCUGCGUUGGCAUUUCGCUAAUGCUAGACUACAGUGUACUGUAGUGUACAAUGUAUUUUUUUUUUUAAUAACCCACACACUCAACAUAGCCUCGC